UCACGAACUUGCCGAUUCUACAAGUACCCAGUGCAUCAUUCGGUUCCUCAGCACGGUCGGAGCUAACGGUAACCGAAACACCGGGCAUUUUAUCAUGAGUGAAAACCCGAGUGGAACGGUCGCAUUUUCAGAUAUUGUUUUCAUGACGGAAUAGUCUACAAAAAAUUAAGGAGUUGAGGUUUCUCACCCACACAUAAUGUCCAUAGGCGCGCGCGCUCUUAUGUAGCCAAACGCAUUCAGACUCACCACAUAUUUUCCGUUUGUUACCAGAGCACGGAGGCAUCAACCCGGUUGGACCUAAAGUCAUGGAUGUAUGGUUCUGUUCUUUACGACUUUGUGGCUUAAGGAUUUUGUUUCUUUCAAGCAUCUUUCAAGGCUAUUUCAGCUCAAUGUUAGAUUGCCCGCCAACCUGCAGCUGUUCACCUACUGAGAUCUAUUGCAAUAAGUCCGACAGUGGGAAUUUCUUUCCCCUCCUCGCGCUACAAGAUACUGGAGGCAGCAAUGGCAGUAGCAGCAACGACAUUGAGGACCUCUUCAGGAACAUCACCUCCAUACACAUAGAGAACUGGACAGGACUGCAGAUUCUAAAGGACGUUGACAUGGAGCUGUAUGCUGGAUUGCAACGGCUGACUAUCACAAACUGCAAUCUACGAACGAUUCAUGCUCGUGCUUUUGCACAAAAUCCCCAUCUUCGUUACAUAAAUCUGUCCAAGAACCCACUUACCACACUGUCCUGGCAGCUCUUCAAGAAUCUUCAACUUAUUGAACUGAGGCUGGAAGGCAUCGUAUUCGACUGCGGCUGCGCGAUUCGCUGGAUACAGCUCUGGCAGCAGAGAGGGGAAGCAGGCUUGCACACCCAGCAGCUCUACUGCAAGAAAGACGCCUACAAGAUCCGCCUGCGGGCCAUGAGCAUUGCAGACUGCGACCUGCCAGGUAUCAAGGUAACGCACAGUAACCUGACAGUAAUGGAGGGAGACAACAUCACAGUUAGCUGCAACGGCUCAGGUUCUCCAUUGCCUGAUGUGGACUGGACUGUGAAUGGACUUCACUCCAUCAACACACACCAAUCGAAUGUCUAUUGGCCAAAUAUUCACUCCAUCAACCUUACUCUUGUCAACGUGAGUCGAGAUGACAAUGGCUUCGUACUGACCUGCAUCUCAGAGAACAUGGUGGGAAUGACCAAUAUGUCUCUACAGCUGGCAGUGCAAUUUCCCCCGGUGAUCCUAAAGCUGGAGGAGCCCGAGCGCCGGCACCACACGUGCAUCGAAUUCACAGUGCGGGGCUUCCCGCAGCCCGUGUUGCGCUGGAUCCACAAAGGUGGCGAUAUCCAGAACCCAUACGUCCGCACAGAGAUGGAGCCCUACCAGGACUACCUAGAGGGCUGCCUCACUUUCGAGAACCCCACGCACUAUGACAACGGCAACUACACGCUGGUGGCCACCAACUCCCUUGGGUCCGUCACAAAAACCGUCCUCGGACAUUUCCUGGAGGCCCCGCCAUUUUUGGAUGAGGAGGGAAUUCUGGAGUAUGAACCCACACCUGGUAAUGAUGGAAACAGACCAGAGGAGGAUUCUUUUGGGAUGUCCAUAGCUGUGGGACUGGCUGGUUUUGGCUGCGUGUUUCUCAUCGUUAUGUUUGUGCUAGUCAACAAGUAUGGCAGACGCAACAAAUUUGGAAUGAAAGGACCUGUAGCAGUGAUUAGUGGGGAGGAAGACUCUGCCAGCCCUCUUCAUCACGUCAACCACGGCAUCAUCACACCAUGCGCGCUGGAUGCCGGACCUGAUGCAGUGGUCAUUGGAAUGAACCGCAUUCCUGUCCUGGAGAACCCGCAGUACUUCCGGCAUGGACACAACUGCAGCAAGCCCACCACCCAUGUCCAGCACGUGAAGCGGCGGGACAUUGUCCUGAAGCGUGAGCUGGGGGAAGGGGCUUUCGGGAAGGUCUUCCUGGCUGAGUGCUAUAACCUGAGCCCUACCAAGGAUAAGAUGCUGGUUGCUGUCAAGACUCUGAAAGACCCAACUUUGGCUGCCAGGAAGGACUUCCAGAGAGAGGCGGAGCUCCUUACCAACCUCCAGCACGAGCACAUCGUCAAGUUUUAUGGCGUGUGCGUGGAUGGCGAUCCCCUCAUCAUGGUGUUUGAGUACAUGAAACACGGGGAUCUCAACAAGUUUCUGAGGGCCCACGGUCCAGACGCUACGAUCCUGGUGGACGGCCAUCCGAUGCAGAGCAGCGGUGAGCUGGGCCUUUCCCAGAUGCUGCACGUUGCCACGCAGAUAGCGGCUGGUAUGGUGUACCUGUCCUCCCAGCACUUUGUGCACCGCGACCUGGCCACACGCAACUGUCUGGUGGGGAAUGGGCUGCUAGUGAAGAUUGGUGACUUUGGCAUGUCCAGAGAUAUCUACAGCAUGGAUUACUAUCGGGUGGGUGGGCACACCAUGCUUCCUAUUCGCUGGAUGCCUCCCGAGAGCAUCAUGUACAGGAAGUUCAGUACGGAGAGUGACGUGUGGAGCUUCGGUGUGAUCAUGUGGGAGAUCUUCACCUACGGCAAACAGCCAUGGUUUCAGCUGUCCAAUAAUGAGGUCAUCGAGUGCAUUACACAAGGCCGAGUGUUAGACCGACCUCGCCUCUGUCCGAAGGAAGUCUACGACCUCAUGCUGGGCUGCUGGCAGAGGGAGCCACAGCAGCGGCUAAACAUCAAAGACAUUCAGAAAGUCCUUUAUGCUUUGGGCAAAGCCACACCUGUCUAUUUGGACAUCCUUGGCUAAUGCAGAUGUGCAUCAUCUCGCCAGAGGCUAUCGCGAUCCAGGAAUAACCAAACAGCCCCUAACCUCACUAUUCCACUGUCAAAUCACCUACACGCUGGGGGUGGACUUAAGUGCCUGCAACACCUUUUUUUCAAUACACUGGAAUAAAAAGUUGAAAAAAAACAAACAAACAAAAAAACGAUAUUUAAAAACAAGUACUUUUACAUUUUGUUUACUCGUACAGUAUAUAGUGUACAGAAUUCUAUGAAGCUAAAAAUUUUCCUAAAAACUGAAGAAUAAUAGAUUACAAAAUUCUGUAAAUGAAAUGUUGCCUUUGAUGUGGCAACCACAUGUCUAAAGAGUAAAGCUUUCCAGUGUUUCAUUUUAUAAACGCAUAUACACAUAUAUGAAUAUAUUUUUAUUUAUUUAGUUUAAUUUUGAAUGGCAUGGGUGCCUGUCAUGUUAAGCGCUGUAGAUCGAUCUUAAUUUCGGUUAUUUUCUGAUUUUGUUACUUUGUUUUUCUUUCUAGCACUUAGUCAGAGAAGCCUUACUCAGUUUGAGUUCUUUUACUAGUUAGGUCUUCAUCAUUGCUUUUUUUUCCCUUUUCGUCUUUUUAUAUUCUGCCAUUUGGAUUUUUUCAGUGAAGAGUUCUUGAGUGGGAAACAUCUUUAGAAUACUAAAAUAUAGGUAUAUUUUAAUUGUAUGUGAUUGUACAUACUGUAAAUUUAUAUACAUGUCAACUUAACUUAUUUUUUUCCUUUAUAUGGUAGUUUUUGUCUUCUUUCCACCCAAUGGUUGGUUGGUAGCAUAGACCUUCUAAACACUCCAACCAUAAGAGGGCAUAUUGUUCUGUGUGACCACUAGUGUAAUACUUUAAUCCCACGCUUUAUGGUCAGAUCACUUUCUGUAUUAAGCCUGUCUGGAAAUAACUGUUUUAAGACACUUCAAGGCAAAUGAAUGUUUAUUUAGGAAACAUCAGCUCCCGGAAAAAUCAUAUUAAAUGAUAUACUGCUUUUUUAAGGUUCCAAGACCUAAUGUGAAAAAAACACAGGCUUUUAAAAUACAGGCUUUUUGUCACAGUUCUAAAAAGGCACCCAUCUGAAGCAAUGUUUUGCAAACCUUCAUAAUAUGUGACCAGUGCCAUAGCAAUUGAAGUUAACGAUCACCUGGUGUUGUUGUCUGUAGCGAAACAAUUCUGUGUUACUUUGGAAUGGGAGUGUAUAUUUUACACAAUAUCUUUCGCAGUGUCACCAUUUCGACGACUUCAGAUUCUCUUGCCUAUUUGCAGUACUGGAAACGUUUGUUAAAGACAAACGAGCAAUGUAUGUUUAGAUUAUGUAUUAAAUAAAUAUUAAAAGCUGUUCUGUUGGA